CUCUCUCUCCUCCCCUUGAGGCCAUGUUCCCUCUGCAAGUCCUCGCUCUGCUCUUCAUCGCAGCCCAGAGGGAUGACCAGAGGGUGACGGAGAAGGAGAAGGAGAAAGAGAAAGAGAAAGAGAAAGGGGGAGAACAGGAGAGAGAGGGGCAGAAAGGGAAGGAUACAGAGAGUAAGUAUGAUUUGAUGUUCCAAAGGGGAGACCUAUUGGAAGUCCCCAGGACCUUGUUCACUCAUUUUGGGAUAUACCUAGGGGGAGGCCGAGUCGCUCACUUCAUCCCAGACAUCCUGCCUGUCGUUUCCGAUGACGAGUGGGAGAUCAAACAGAUGGUCACCAACAACAGACUCAUACUGGGAGUGCUGGCCAAGUGUGCCAGUGUGAGGGUUGACACUGUGGAGGACUUUGCCUACGGAUCAAAGAUUCUCGUUAAUACGAUGGAUAAGGUGUGCAGCCGUCCACCGCUGCAGGGAGACGAGGUGGCCAGGAGGGCUGAGAAGCUGCAAGGCUCCAUGACCUACAGCCUGCUGUGGUACAACUGUGAACACUUUGUCAUGUACUGCCGAUACGGCACCGUCAUGAGCUUCCAGACGUUUCAGUUCUGUAAGACAGUGAGGAAGCUGCUGCUGAGUCGGCGUGUUGCCAAGGCGACAGCGGUGUUGGGGAUGUGUCUGCUCCUCUACUUCAGAGCCCUGUCCGUCUGCUCCACCUUGCUCGCUGUCCUGGUGCCCUUCCUCAUAUGGAUGGCCGCCUAAUAUCACACACUCACAAAACACACACACACACACACACACACACACAGAUACCAUACUGCAGGUAUCCACUGGACUGCUGCAUGUCCAACCUGCCCUGCUUGCAGUUUUGGUGUGUUUUAUUAAUGGGAUGCCCUUCUACAUUAUUACUGCUGAACAUCAGUGACCUAAGAAUAUGAAAGACUCAAAAAAAACGUAUGGAGGACACUGAGAAUGUGAAAUUAAGUCUGGCUAAAAACUGGGGACAAAAUGGGGCUAGAAUUGGGCCUAAACAAUGAUAUACACCUUAUAAUGUGAUGUGAUGUUGGACUGCAAUUUUAGGAGGAAAUGUGUAAGUCACAUGUUAUUUGAAAUGAGCGCAUUAACAAGAUGAGGAUGUUGUUUGUUUUUGGAGGAAACACUAGAUUGUUCUGUGAUUACGGAAAUUUUGAAAUAAUGUGGGGAAAGAAGUGAAAUUGUAACUAUGUAAUAAUAAAGAAUGCAUUAUUUUGUUUUAUUUAUUGGA